GUCCCGAGAAGAGGGAGUUGAACUGAGUUUAGAUCCAAAGCAUCUGAUAUUCAUCCACCAUCAAACAAAACCCGAAUCAAAUGUAGUUAAAAACCCUUGGCCAAAAGACAAAUAUUAUGAUCACGCAUAAUCUAUCACACGAUCCUACGCGUGAUGAAUAAUCAAGAAUUCAUUUGGUGCUCCAUAAAGUCGUGACCCAUUGGUAAUGGUGGUUAAUAAUGAUAAUGUCCACAUCAUUAGUUUCUUCAACUCCCUCUCUUCCGUUAUCUUAUUUCUCUGCAUGCACGCACACACAACCCAAAUUCUGAAAAAUACAAAAACAAAAACCCCAUUUUUACCAAUGAAAAUCCCUUCAUUCACGUUUCCCUUUGUUGUCCCCUUCGCCCCAAACAAAACAUACACAACGCGCUUUCUUUCUCUCUACUUUUCUUUCUCGCUCUAACCGUUAACGAAGAAAAGUGAUAAUUGCUUGCCACUUUGUUUGGCAUCAGAUUCUUUCGGAAGUUUCCAUUUUGAGCAUCUGGGCACCUCUUUCUCCCGCUUUUCCUACGAUUCCCCCAUCUGGGUCGGUCUCGUUUUGCUCACUUUCAUUCGCCCCCACUUCCCCUGAUUCGAGAAAAUUGAACAAUUGGGGUGUGAAAUGGUUCUUUUUUUCGCUUUGAUUCUCCUCGGGUUUCUUCUUGGGGUGGUGGCGGUUGUGGCUGCCGAAGCUCUUGGGUUUUUGUGGGUAAUAAAACGAUUGCAAAGCAAGAUCAGCAAAGACCAAGCGAAAAUCGCGUCGAAAACGCAACUGGGUGGUGCUCAAAGUGAUCAUCCCCAACAACAAUUGCUAAAAAAGGAGGGUGUGGUUUGGGUUUUGGAGCCUGAUAAGGUUUCAAAAUUUUGGGUGGAGAAACAGUCAAAGGAGCAGAAGAGGAAGAAAGAAGUGUUGGAGGUGACUCCUGUUAGGAAGUAUGGGAAAAUCAAUGGGCAAUCACUUGUGCUUACAGACACUGAUGGCUUUCACACCACCAUUCAGCUUAAGGGAUGCUUAGUGGAAGCUGUUUCAGCUACAAGUCUUCCUUCAAAAAAAUGGGCAAAAAAAUUCCCCAUCAAAGUGGAAGCCAAGACCUCUGUGAUCUACCAUGCAAGCAAAACUUUUUACAUAUAUCUUGAGACUGCAUGCGAUAAAGAAGCAUGGUGUAAGGCCCUCCGUCUGGCUUCUUCUGAUAAAAAAGAAAAGCAUGAGUGGUUUGCCCAGUUGCAAGAUGGGUUUCAUAGCUAUUUGUCAUCAUUAAAUACUGAACAUCACUCCCUUGCGAAACCAUCGGUAGGAUCAAGUGCUGAGGCAAUAGAAAGGGCUAGUAAGCCUGAUGGUAGUUCCUCAAAGGUUCGUCAAUUUUUGAAAAAACUUACAAAAAAAAGUUCCCGAGUUGGUGUGGAAAAUAAAUCAGCUUGGACUUCAUUAUCAGGCCGUGAAGAAAGAAAGCACACUGAGAAGCUUCAUGCUUGUCAAGAUGCAGUUUUAACCACUGGUUUGAUGAAAUCUGCUGCAGCAGCAAACCAUCUGAAAAGUCCCCUGUUAGACAAUGCUGCACAAUCAUUUUCAACCUUAUCUCAUUCAGGAAGCCAGAGUCAAUUCUCUGUCAGUUCUGAUGCUGAUGCCGAUGAAAAGCCAGGUAUUGAUGAAGGAACAUUAUGUUGGAAUUUGUUGGUUUCCCGACUCUUUUUUGAUGUCAAAGGAAAUGUACAAAUGAAGAAGUCCAUCCAUGAAAGGAUUCAGAGGACAUUGGCAAAUAUGAGAACUCCCAGUUAUGUAGGGGAAGUAAUCUGUACAGACAUCAACAUGGGGAAUGUUCCACCCCAUAUCAUUCGAAUGAGGGUUCUUCCAAUGGAAAUGAGUGAGGUGUGUGCCUUAGAGGUUGACAUUGAAUAUGCUGGUGGUGCAUUAUUAGAGAUUGAAACAAGGCUUGAAGUACGUGAACCAGAGCAUGAAAGGGGGACAGAGGACUCAAAUCCAGAGUCGAGCAAUGUUGGUGCUGUGCCAUCAGAUCUUCUUGAAGGAUUUGAAUGUUUGGGUGAGCAAUUGAAUCUUGCAGAAGGGAUGAAUGAUUUACAGGAGCCAAAAGGAGAUGGUGAGUGGAACAUUGAUAUGUCUAAGAGCUUUAAGCACAGUACAUCUUCCUCAACUCAAGGAUCAAGAUGGAAGUCUAUGUUAAAUUCUGUUGCCAAGCAAGUUUCACAGGUUCCUCUCUCUUUGGCAAUAAGAGUAGCGUCCCUCAAAGGGACAUUGCGUUUGCAGAUAAAGCCACCUCCCUCUGACCAAUUGUGGUUUGGUUUCACAUUUAUGCCUGAUAUAGAAUUCAGCUUGGAAUCAUUUGUUGGAGAACACAGGAUAACUAAUUCACACAUAGCUUUGUUCCUGGUCAGUCGACUCAAGGCAGUAAUCCGGGAAACUUUAGUGCUCCCAAAUUGUGAAAGCAUAUGCAUUCCAUGGAUGCUAGCUGAAAAGGAUGAUUGGGUUCCUAGGAAUGUUGCUCCGUUCAUAUGGGUCCACCCAGAAUUGGGGAACGAGACUUCAACCUCAGUUGAUACCAAUAAUCAAGCUUGUGGUGGAUUAAAAGCCAGUGCUAGCACCUUAAGUGAUGAUGGUCCAGAACUCAAACAACAUAAACCACCAAAGUGUCCCAAAUCUAGUCAGGAACCAGCUAGGAAAUCAGAUUCUGUGGCACUCACACCAAUUUCCUCUAGUUCAGUAACAUUAAGGAGCAGCAAAAGUUCAGAAGAACUGACAAGACCUUUGUUAGAGAAUGACAAACCACCAGAAACUAGAGAUUUGCAAGAACUUAGAACUACUUCAUUGCAGAAUGACAAUACUAAUGAAGCUAGUGAAGCUAGUGAAGAGAAGAUGGGAGAUAUUUCUGUGAGUGAAUCACCUCCCCGAAAUGUGGUGCUGGAUAAACAACAUCGUUCAAUUGAACGGGAUGAUUCAAGGCCAAAGAAAAUUGGGAGAAGGGAAAAAAUUCUGGAUUUGAAAAAGAGGGUGAGUGAGAAAUUGGAAGAACAGAAGCGUAACUUUGAAGAAAAGAGUAGGCACAUUGUCGAGAAGAUGAGAGGACCAUGAGAAAUAUAAACAAAGUAAAUGUCAGAAUGCUUACAUAUUUGUUACUGAUUUUUUUACUAUGUCAGAGAUUAGUAUCAUUCAUAAAUAAGAAUGUGGGGUAUUAGGUAUUGUUUCAUUGAUGACUUGUAUAUUUUUUAGGGGCUUAGAAGAUCAUAUGGAACUAGAUACAUCACAGAAAAUACUUUCAUUGCAUUCCACGGGAGUUCCACAACACUGACGUAAUCCACUUGUACAUUUGCAAUUGCCACAGGGUAUAAUAGAAAACUCAUUUAAUCGAUGAGUACAAAUAAUCUCGUGACAGAGAAAUGAUAUACAGAUGUAUAGUUGCUCUCAUUUUGAGGAAUAUUUCGUUUCAUUAUUUUGCAUACUUUCAUUUCUAUUAAUGCCUUUGUUAACUA